AUGAAUAAAUUAACUAUUGAAUCCCAACAAACAAGAUCAGCUUUGAAAGUUUAACAACACAUAUUUAUUGACCAAUUAGAGAUUAAAUCAUGUCGAAUAUGUCUUGAAACUGAAUAAGAUAACGAUAAACCCAUUAUACAUCCUUGUAAAUGUAAAGGUUCUCUUGGAUAAGUACAUGAAGAGGUAAGACUAUAUAUUUGAAUUGAGUGUCUUAAAACCUGGAUAGUUACAUAAAAUAAAUAAUUGUUUACUUAGUGUGAAAUUUGCAAGAUCGAAUAUCAAAUUGAAUUUACCUCACGUAAAGUGUGUAUUCCUGUAUCAAUUUGAUUGUAUUUAGAGAGAAAAGCAUGUAAAUCAAAUUUAGAAAAUAUGAUUGCUCUAAUUUGUCUUCUCUUCAUUUUUCUUGGCUUUACUGCUCUAUAAGCCUUUCUGGUAGUAUAAAUGUAAUCUAUAUUUAUAAUAUUAGUGUCAAUAUUUUUGAUGGCAACGAUAGUAAUAAUCAAUAAUCUAGUUUUUUGAAUAGUCCUAUUACUAUGAUUGGUAUUGAUUAAUAAAUAUCUUAAUUUAGGAUUUGCUGUCAUAGUAUUUUUAUUUUUAGUGCCUAUUUUUAUGUGCCUUCUCUAUGUUUUAAAAAAAAUGCUUUUUAUAACUAAAAUAAAAUCUUGGCAUGUCUUAGAUAGAGUACAAACACCUUCUGCUGAUAUAUAGGAAUAGAUACCUUAAUAAACUUUAUCAAGAAAUGCUUCACAAUUAUUAUAAUAAUUACCAAAAUUAAAUUAAACUACUUCAAUUCUCAUAUAAGGAAAUGGUUAGGAUUACGAGCAUGUUUAAUUUAUUUGA